AUGACGACAAUCUGUUUGAUCAAGGACGCAAUCGCCGCUCUCAAGGAACGCAAUGGCUCCUCAAUACUCGCCAUCACCAAGUGGAUUGAGUCGGAAAAAGAUACCACUGUCAAGAAGCACCUUCUCAAGAAGGCGCUCGACAAAGGCGUCGAAACUGGCGAACUCGUCAUGGUCAAGAACUCGUACAAACUCUCCCCCGCGGCCAAGAAGAAAGGAGACAAGAAAAAAACCGCCCCCAAGGCCGCCCCCAAGGCCGCCGCAAAGGCGAAGAAGGCUGUGAAGGCAUCCAAGAAAACGAAAGAGGUGGCAGAGGACGUAUCUGAAACCUUUUCAGUGAAGAGUUCUGAGAAGGAGGACGAGAAAGAAGCCAAGAACAAACAAGCUGCGGCUGCGGAGAAGGAAGCCAAGAAAAAAGAAGCUGCUGCCAAGAAACAAGCUGCCGCUGCGGAGAAGGAAGCCAAGAAGCAGGCAGCAGCAGCUGAGAAGGAAGCCAAGAAAAAGGAGGCUGCCGCCAAGAAGGCGGCCGAGAAGGAGGCCAAGAAGCAAGCCGCAGCUGCGAAAAAGGAAGCUAAGAAGCAAGCGGCCGCCGCUAAGAAGCAGGCAGCUGCUGAAAAGAAGGCCACCAAGAAGGACGAUGCUACUGAAGAGAGCGAUUCAUCCGACAGCCCAUCCAUCCCCCACGAAGUAUCGGUUCGCACUCCUGUCAAGGGACCCGAUGCAGUUCCUGCGUGUUAG